AUGCGGGUCCUGUUGAGCGUCCUAUACCCGGUCCUUUCCCUCACCAUCUUCGGAUUAUAUCCAUCCAUGACUAUCGGCCCAAAGGAGGGCUGGCAGGUGUACAGCUCAGCCCAGGAUGCUGAUGGGCGCUGUAUCUGCACAGUGGUGGCACCAGAACAGAGCCUGUGCUCCAGAGAUGCCAAGAGCAGACAGCUUCGCCAGCUACUAGAGAAGGUGCAGAACAUGUCCCAGUCCAUUGAGGUGCUGAACCUGCGAACUCAGAGGGAUUUCCAAUAUGUCAUGAAGAUGGAGAACCAGAUGAAAGGCCUGAGAACCAAAUUCAGACAGAUUGAGGAUGACAGGAAAUCCAUCAUGGCCAGAAACUUUCAGGAGCUUAAGGACAAGAUGGACGAGCUGAAGCCAUUGAUUCCCGUGCUAGAACAGUACAAGAUGGAUGCUGCGCUCAUCUCCCAGUUCAAGGAGGAGAUCAGGAAUCUGUCGGCAGUCCUGACAAGCAUCCAGGAGGAACUUGGCGCUUAUGAUUAUGAUGAGCUCUAUCAACGAGUCUUGAGACUGGACAGCAGGCUCCGUAGCUGUAUGGGCAAACUAACGUGUGGGAAAUUAAUGAAAAUCACUGGACCUGUUACAAUAAAGACAUCUGGAACCCGGUUUGGCGCAUGGAUGACUGAUCCUCUAGCAUCAACCAGAAACAACAGGGUAUGGUAUAUGGACAGUUAUACCAACAGCAAGAUCGUACGUGAGUUCAAGACAAUGGAGGACUUUGUGGCAGGAGUAGUUUCUCGAACCUAUAACCUCCCAUUCAAAUGGGAGGGAACCAAUCACAUUGUCUACAAUGGAUCGCUUUACUACAACAAGUACCAGAGCAACAUUAUCGUCAAAUACAGCUUCGAGACUGGCACCGUGUUGGCCCAGCGAGCUUUGGAGUUUGCUGGCUUCCACAACAUGUACCCAUACACAUGGGGAGGGUACUCCGAUAUCGAUAUCAUGGCUGACGAACUGGGAAUGUGGACCGUGUAUGCGACCAAUCAAAACGCUGGAAAUGUCGUCAUCUCCCAAAUUGAUCCUGACACCCUCCAGGUGCUGAAGACUUGGAACACCGAAUACUCCAAAAGGAACGCAGGCGAAUCAUUCAUGAUCUGUGGGACGCUCUAUAUCACUAACUCUCACCUGUCAGGAGCAAAGGUUUACUACGCAUACUCUACGAAGACGUCAUCUUACGAGUACAUAGACAUUCCUUUCCACAACCAGUACUUUCAUAUCUCCAUGCUUGACUACAACGCCAGAGAGAGAGCGCUGUAUGCCUGGAAUAACGGACACCAGGUAAUAUUCAAUGUCACCCUCUUUCACGUCAUAAAAACAGAUGAUGACUCUUAG